AGAGCAUUUUUUUUUUACUUCCCCAUGACCUUUGAAGCCUUGCAAAAGAUGAAACAGUCCUUUUUUUGUUUAAGUGCCUAAGCAGAAGUAACUGACUCAAACUUCAGGAAGUAACUGUGAGGACUCGGUGGCAGGAAAUGACAGAAAACCUGAAUACGGAACUGAAGUAGCAGCUCAUUUUCUCACUCAAAAGUGGCAGCAGCCAGAGAAGGAGCCAAGUGUCGACGUGAGUAGCUGGGAGUUUAGAGCCAACACUUGCACUGUUGGAGGUGGGUACUCUGAGCAGUGGGAAAGGGAGCACAGGACAAGAGUUGAGAUGUGGAAGUCUGUGGUAGGACAUGAUGUAUCUGUUUCCGUGGAGACCCAAGGUGAUGACUGGGACACAGACCCUGACUUUGUGAAUGACAUCUCUGAGAAGGAGCAACGGUGGGGAGCCAAGACCAUCGAGGGCUCUGGACGCACAGAGCAUAUCAACAUCCACCAGCUUAGGAACAAAGUGUCAGAGGAACAUGAUAUGCUGAAGAAGAAGGAGUUGGAAUCAGGGCCCAAAGCAUCUCAUGGCUAUGGUGGUCGGUUUGGUGUGGAAAGAGACCGAAUGGACAAGAGUGCUGUGGGCCAUGAAUAUGUUGCUGAGGUAGAAAAGCACUCUUCUCAGACUGAUGCUGCCAGAGGUUUUGGGGGCAAAUAUGGAGUUGAGAAGGACAGAGCAGAUAAGUCGGCAGUUGGCUUUGAUUACAAAGGAGAAAUGGAGAAACACACAUCUCAGAAAGAUUACUCUCAUGGUUUUGGUGGCCGUUACGGGGUAGAGAAGGAUAAAUGGGACAAGGCAGCUCUGGGAUAUGACUACAAAGGAGAAACAGAGAAACACGAAUCCCAGAGAGAUUAUGCCAAGGGUUUUGGUGGUCAGUAUGGAAUCCAGAAGGACCAAGUGGAUAAGAGUGCUGUUGGCUUCAAUGAAAUGGAGGCCCCAACCACAGCUUAUAAGAAGACAACGCCCGUAGAGGCUGCUUCUAGUGGUGCCCGUGGCCUAAAGGCAAAAUUUGAGUCCAUGGCUGAGGAGAAGAAGAGGCAGGAAGAAGAAGAGAAGGCACAGCAGAUGGCCAGGCAGCAACAGGAGAGAAAGGCCCUGGUAAAGAGAAGCCAUGAGGCUCAGCAACCAGCAUCCACUAUGGAAAAGCCUGUGGUGCCAACCCCAUUGCCUAAGAAAAUCUCCUCAGAGGUCUGGCCUCCUGCAGGAAGCUGUUCACUCUCAGAGCCUGAGCAGGUGAAAACCAGCAGGGAACAUCCAGUGUCCUCCCUGCCUUCAAGGCAGGGACCCCCAGAGGAUGAUGAAGAGCCCCCAGCUUUGCCCCCCAGGACUCUGGAAGGCCUCCAGGUGGUGGAAGAACCAGUGUAUGAAGCAGAGCCAGAGCCUGAGCCUGAGCCUGAGAAUGACUAUGAGGAUGUUGGAGAGAUGGACAGACAUGAGAAAGAUGAUGAACCAGAAGGGGACUAUGAGGAUGUGCUAGAGCCUGAGAAUCCCUCUUUUCCCUCCUCUCUGGCUGGAGCAUCAGGCCGUCCGGCUGGGGCUGGGAUCUCAGCUGUAGCCCUGUAUGAUUACCAAGGAGAGGGAAGCGAUGAGAUUUCCUUUGAUCCAGAUGACAUCAUCACUGACAUUGAGAUGGUGGAUGAGGGCUGGUGGCGGGGACGUUGCCAUGGCCACUUUGGACUCUUCCCUGCAAAUUAUGUCAACCUUCUCCAGUAAAUGGCCCUCACUGUAUUCUGCACUGUGACUUCCCAUGUCCAAAGUGGCUCUGCCUCCACCUUUCCCAACAUGCUUCAAGAGUCUAAUAGGAUUUCAUAAGUUGGCUGAAGUUCUAGAUAGACUUCUCUCCCCCUCUGCAUUAGGGCUGGGGGCAGAGACAGCACGAGGAAGGAGGUCUCCUUCAGUGUCCUCACUAUCCUCUGUGAGCUUGUAGACAUUUAUCUUGUUGUCCCGCCUCCUUCCCCAUGAGUGUUACCUCUAUCACCCCAAGCUCUUCAUUCUGCUUUCGUGAGCUCUGAGCUUCCCGGUUUGCUUACUGGGGAAAGUACGUCUGGAUUGCCUGAUUUGCCUGGUUGUGCUUUUGUUUACUUUCCUUCCCUCCAGAGAUAUCUUUUCUCUGCUUGGUCUUAAAAUUGGAAAUAAAGUGGGACUAUGUUUCACCUUUAGGCUGAGGUAAAUAGUGCUUUUUGUGCAGCCUGUAAUGGCCUUGGCUCUCAUGGCUCCAAUUCUCCUUCCCACUUUCAAGCAUAUCCAGAAGACUCCCUUUUACCACUGCCCAUUCCCCUCUGCUCUGGAGGCCUAGUACUGGGCCUUUUUUUAAGGCUGUACUUAAAUCUAGUCCAAAACAGAUCAGCCUGGGGAAUGGUGGUAAGGUCGGGGAAUAGGAGGCCAGGUAGUGUCAACUUCUGUUGGCUUCCCCAGUUGUGAGAGACCAGCCACCUUCUGCCUUGGAGUAAUGACAACACUCUUUCAGGAUGUGAUGAUUCUUGAGGAAGAAGCAUAAAUUAGGGAUUAAGAAGGAGGAAAAGGGAGAUUUGGCAAUAACAACAACAAAAAAAGACGAAAGCUAAAGUAACACAGCCUCUGAUGAAGUGGUAAGAGGAUUUAGGCAGAGAGAGUGUCCUCUACUCAAGAAAGCCCAGGCUUUUUUUGUAGUUAGCUGGAUGACCAAAAUUGAUGGCCAAGUAAGAGGGUACAUGGAAGAAGCUCAUGAAGCUUCUGUGUGAUUUCAGGGUUGAGGCUGACAGGAAAUAAGGUGAGGACACGUGGACAGCCAGUGAUGGGCAAAAAACAAAUCACCUGGCAAAGCACAGGGAUGAAAGACAAGGAGAGGGCAGAGCAUGGUGGGGUUAUCCUAGCCCAGGCCAUUGGGCUCACUAAGGCCCAAGAUAGAAAAUCCUAGGCAAAAAUCAAAACAAAGUCAAAAUCAAAGUCAGUUUGUUGGUGUAGGAAAUGCUUUGUUGGUAAGAAGUCUGUGCUGUAACCAGUAUCUGAAGUU